AUGAACAAGUUGUUGGGUUUUGCUACAAAGCUAAUGGGCAUGGCAAUUGCCAUAUCUUUGAUAUUGUUAUUUGUGGGUGUUGGAGUUGUGAUCUUGAUUUAUGUUUGUAUUGCUAGGAGGGCCUUUAGGAGAGGACUUGGUAACAGUAGUCUGGUUGGGAGGGGCGGCUUUGGAACCACAAGCAUGUCUCAAAAUGAUCUAGAAAAGCUACCUUGCUUCGAUUUCAUUGCGAAUUCUAGGGGAAGUAGUCCUGUUGAUUGUGCAGUGUGUUUAGAGAACUUUAGGGUCGGCGAUAAGUGUAAGUUAUUGCCUUUAUGCAAGCAUAGUUUUCACGCAGAGUGUCUGGAUUCAUGGCUUUUGAGGACACCCAGUUGCCCAAUCUGCAGGACUACUGCUGAUUCUUGGAAGGGGGAUUCAGUAUCCGAUGGUGAAAGCAGCUGUUCCAGUGAGAUUGCGAUCGAGUUGAGAGAGCACCAAUCAACAGACAGCGGCCAGAAUGUAAUGGAGUUGAGAGAGGGCCAAACAGCAGAAAGUGGCCAUUUGAAUGAUCUUGGAACAGAGCUGAGACAGAGCCAAACCAUAGAAAGCACUCAUUUGGGUGAUAUUGAAACUGAACCAAGAGAGAACCAAACAGCUUUAGAUGUGGCUUUAUCGGAACAUGGUGACAAUGCUCCUCUCCAUCGAGGGGGCGAGCACGAAUGGAAGCUAAAAGCAAGGCGAAGCUCAAGAAGAGAGCUAACAAGGCAAGGGCAUGGUUGGGCUGUCUGGCCAUGA